UUCCUGUAAUUCUUUAUCAUUUCUGAAUAGGCAUUAUUUUGUGCUAAAGACCUUAAUAGAUAAAUGUGUUUUUUCAACAGUCCACACAGACCAACAACUGACAUCAAAACCUUAAAAGAUCUCAUCGAAAAGAUGUUUGAAGGCGAAAGCAGAACCAUUGCGUUUGUACAAGGAGCAGCGGGAACAGGAAAAAGCACCUUGUGCAGGAAACUGGCCUACCUCUGGGCCACAAACGACCAUCACAUUUACCAUCGUCAUUUGGAUUUAGUUUUGCUAGUUGAAGCUCUUUCAGUGGUCAGUGAUAAUGAAAACCCGUGUUACAGCAUCGUAAGACAGCUAUUUCCUGCAGACUUUGAUUUGAGCGAAGACGAUAUAUGCAAAACCAUUAAGAAAUGUGGAGAAAAAUGUUUGUUGAUCAUCGAUGGUGUUGAUGAGCUAACACAGGAAGGUAAAUCGACAGUCAAAGAGUUAUUACGUGGAGGCUUUCUCCGUCACACUAAUGUAGUGAUAACAGGACGGCCAGAAUCGGUGCCUGAAUUUAUUAAAGAUGCCAGUUUUCAUUUUGAGAUAACAGGCUUCACCAAAGACAAUGCGUUAGAGUAUGUCCGUAAACACUUCUCGGAUGAUGAAUGUGAACAGAGAGACAGGCUCCUGGAAGCACUGGAGGACGGUGAUGAAAUAGUUAAUUUUCCCGCUAACCCAUUGCACUUAUUACUUCUAUGUCUGCUUGUACAAGAAAACGUGGAUACAAUUACGUUUAACAGUUACAAAAUUGUAGAACAAUUCAUUAGGUUUCUUUGUAAGGGUUAUCUUGGGAAAAGUGACGUGGAGAAAAAUAUCAGCGAGACAGAUCUGUUUCGGGCUGCUUGUAAGAUUGCUAAAGUGGGAUUAGAAAAAAACAAGUUGAAGUUUGAAGAAAGCAUGAUAAAAGAAGUUUUACCCGGUGAACUGGGUGAGCAUUUUCUGAAGUCCGGUGUGCUGACCACAGAUUGUACAGGAUCCAGAUUAAGUACGACUAUAUUCUGGUCAUUCCCACAUAAGUCCAUACAAGAGUAUCUCUCUGCGGUGCAUCUUGUCACAUCGGACGAAGAUAUUUCACAUGAUUUCACUCAAACCGUCGACCAUUUUUAUCAGCUGAAGGGCACGUUUUUCAUGAACCUCGAUCUCCGUCAAAAACAAGGUUUACCAAUCCGCGAGCAGUUGUCGCAAGCUCUAGAAAAUGUUUGUCCUCAUUACAAAAAACUGAAGCCCGGAUACCAGAAAUAUGUGGGACGUGUGACAUGUGAGAAAAGGAACAGUGAAGAUGGUAAAUUUCAGGAUCGAGUGGAAAUGUUCCAAGAUAUCCUUACCUCUGUUUUUGAAAUGGAUCAGAGUGUAAUAAAUACAUGUAUCAGUAUUAUUCGCGAAAACGAUGAUAUGUUGAGGUCUUUCAUAACGGAAUGUCGAGAUGAUAUGGCGUCUGAAUUUUUGCAGAAAAUUGUACCAAUACCUCUUACAGAUGACCGUGAUUUCGAGACUAUUAGACUUUGGAAUUUUGAUGUCACGUAUAGCGUUGGCCAUAUAGACCAUCGCGAAAUUGUCUGGCCUCAUUUCUACGAUGUGUACUUCGACCACUCACCUGUAUAUACUGGUGAAGUGCCCCGUCACCAAAGAGGAUCGCGAUUACCAUGGAUUCACUGUAACUGCCUCACAGAUGCUACGUUCAUAUUACCCUACGACAGUCCACCGGUGGCAGUCCUCAGUAUUCUCCUGUUACCAGGCAUGGACGAUUUCCAGUUUGCGUACAAAUUUAGCGACUAUUUGAAGGCAGUCAAAAAGGGGCUGACUCUUUUGUUGAUAGCACCAAAUCUGCAGUGUGAGGAGGAUCUGAGCCGUGUGAAGCUGCUCCGCUUGAUUAACAAAUGUGAGAAUCCCAAUGUCAAAAUUCACUUUGACUGGCGUGUCAUCCCAUAUCAGUACUUCAAGGAAGAAAAAGAUGAAAAUGGCCAUUUUAAGAUGACGGCAGAACACCGCAUCACCAAACCAGUACACCACAUGUACUAUGAUAAAUACUGUCCUUUUUAGGCAGCUUAUCGGUCGAAUUUACUUCUGAUGUAGGAGAAGCUUGCUGCUGAGAGGUCUGCACUUCACCGGACACUGGGUGGGACAUUAUGACAUGUGUACCGUGAAUCGCCGAAUAAUGCAACACACAAAUGGCAGGAGGCGGUAAGGUGGACAUUCAGUUCAACGCUGGGAACAGUGUGUGGCAGACAGAACGCAGUGGACAUAUCCGUGAUAACUGCCAAUCAUUGCUAAGCCGCAGAAUGCAAACUGGGUCAUUAUUACACCACAUGUACUAUGAUAAAUACUGUCCUUUUUAGGCAGUUUAUCGGUCGAAUUUAUUUCUGAUUCUGAGACGUUUGUUGCUGAGACGUCUGCAGUCUUUAACAAACGAAAUCAUGAAUAAACUUGAUAAGUAUGUAUGUCUGUUAUUUUUGUUAUAGGCAGAUGAUAUAAUUGUCUUAGCAGAGUCUGCAGAAGGUUACAAUACGCAUUACUAAUCUUUGAAAAAUAUUGUCCGUGAAUGUCAGUAAAUGUUUUGUAAAUGUCAGUAAAACAAAAGUUGUGAUUUUCUGUUACACGUAAACAAAUGCAUAAUAUUUCUGUCUUCUGUUACAAUGGUCAGAUUCUAGAUAUUAUGGAUACGUAUGUAUAUCUUGGCACGGUAUCCAAGUGUACUUGAUCAUACAUUUUUGCCAGGAAACAGCUAAUUAAUCUGGCAUCAAAAGUUCUAUUUGCUCUUACAACAGAAAUAACCUAUUUAUCGAUCCCUAUUGAUUUACACAUCGCCUUAUUAAAUAAGACUAUUCAGCCAAUCCUUUUAUAUGGCUGUGAAGUUUGGAGGUAAGAAUCUUUAAUCUUAGUCGAACGUUUUUUGUUAAAGUUCUGUAAAUAAUGUGAAAUCUUCAACUGCAAACUAUGCUGUUUAUGGAGAAUUUGGUGUCACCCUAUUGCAUAUUAAGGUAUACAAGCGCAUGGUAGCUUCUUGGUUAUGAACUGUUGAAGAAAAGGAAAGUAAGAUAUCAUAUUUAUUAUAUCAAUUCAUGUACUCCUUGGGGAGUAUCUGUCAUUUUAUCAUUUGUUGAAAAAGUAUGGUAUGAAUCUGGAUUUGGUUACUUAUGGGAACAGCAAUAUGUGACCAACAUUGCCGGCUUUAUCGAGUCAUUUGAACAAAGACUCAAAGAUUAGUUUCUACAGACUUGGCAUGCAGCUUUUUCAAACUCAUCUAAAGGCGUAAUGUACAAAAUGUUUAAAUCCGACUUUUCAUAUGAACUAUAUCUGACAGUGUUAAACUUAGAGUUUUGUAAAACUCUUGCUAAAUUUCUAACAAGUAAUCAAAAACUUCCCAUAAAGACGGGUCGUUGGCAAAACGAAAACAGACACGAACGUCUAUGUACAAAGUCUGAUACUGGCAGUGUUGGCGAUGAGUACCAUUUGUUAAUGGAAUGCCCAGAGUUAA